GUAGCCGUGUAGCACUCCUGUACCGCUGCUUGUCUGCUCCCCUCCUCCACUCGCUCCGGUACGAUUCCUCCCCACACGAUCGAGCUCUUGGCGGAAACCUUCUAGCUGGGCCUCGCAAACUCCUCCGCCCAGUUCAAUAUCUAGGCGCCGUGCCGUGCCGUGCUUUCUCCAAACGUUUCGUGCCAACAACAAUGGAGGCCGCCGGCUCACCCCAGCUCCUCCUGUGCGUCACCCUGGCCUUGACCCUCGCGGCCUCUCUUCUCUUCUUCCUGAUCGGUGGCCGCCGCCGGAGCAACGGACGGCUCCCGCCGGGCCCGCCGGCGCUGCUGUUCCUGGCCAAGUUCCUCGCGCUGGGCCGGUCGAUCUUCGACCUGGGCCCUCUCCUGGUGGACCUGCACGCGCGCCACGGCCCAGUCAUCUCCAUCCGGCUCUUCCGCACGCUCGUCUUCGUCGCCGACCGCAAGGCGGCCCACAAGGCCCUCGUCCAGGGCGGCGCCACCUUCGCCGACCGGCCCCCGCCGCUGGACCCCGGCCGCAUGCUCACGGCUGGAGGCCGCGACAUCAGCUCCUCCUCCUAUGGGCCUUACUGGCGCCUCGUCCGCCGCAACCUUGCCGCCGAGGCCCUCAGCCCGGCCCGCGUCGCCCUCUUCGGGCCCGCCAGGAAGCUCGCCUGCGACGGCCUCGUCCGCAGCCUCCUCCGAGAGCAAGGGGAUGAAGGGACGGCCGUCAUGGUCAGGCCGCUGCUGCGGCGCGCCAUGUUCGAGCUUCUCGUCUACAUGUGCUUCGGCGCGCGGCUGGGGCAGCCGGAGCUGGACGAGGUGGAGUCGCUGCAGCAGGAGGCGCUCCGCUCCGUCACCACUUUCCCGGUCUUCGCCUUCUUCCCGGCCGUGACCAAGCGGCUCUUCCGCCGGCGCUGGGCCACGUACCUCGCCGUCCGCCGCAGGCAGGACGAGCUCUUCGUGCCGCUCAUCCACGCCACGAAGCUCCGGGAAGACGACCCGCCGUGCUACGCCGACUCGCUCCUUGCCGUGCGCGUGGCGGACGAGGGCGGGCGAGCGCUGACGGACGCCGAGAUGGUCAGCCUCUGCUCCGAGUUCCUCAACGGCGGCACGGACACCACGGUGACCUUACUCGAAUGGAUCGUGGCGGAGCUCGUGAACCACCCGGACGUCCAAUCCAAGCUCCACGACGAAGUAACGAAAUCCAGCAAUCCCGACCUCAACGACGUCCAGGCGAUGCCGCCGUACCUGAAGGCGGUGGUGAUGGAGGGGCUGCGGCUGCAUCCGCCGGGCCACUUCGUGCUCCCGCACGGCGUGCAGAGCGACGGCGCCGAGAUCGGCGGCUACGCGGUGCCCAGGGGCUCCGAGGUGAACUUCCUCGUGGCCGAGAUCGGGCGCGACGACGCGGUGUGGACGGCGGCGAGGGAGUUCCGGCCGGAGCGGUUCAUGGAGGGCGGCGAGGGCCACGGCGUGGACGUCACGGGGAGCAGGGAGAUCAAGAUGAUGCCGUUCGGCGCCGGGCGCAGGGUGUGCCCGGGUUACUCGCUCGGGAUGCACCAUGCGGAGUAUUUCGUGGCGAGGAUGGUGAGGGAGCUCGAGUUUAGGCGGGUUGGGAAGGAGAUGGUGGAUAUGGCGGAGGUGCUGGAUUUCACUACCGUGAUGAAGCAUCCGCUCCGUGCACGCGUCGUCGCCAGAACCUAGCAUUCGACUCGGUGUAUAUGAAGACGAGGAAGCAAAUGAAUCUGUUCCACCCUUUUCGUGGCAGGCUGGAGACCUACGGUUCGUUCGUCGUCUUCAGUAGUUCAGGUGUGGUGGAUUACUAAUGUGGCUUGUUGCGGAAGGGAGGCUUCACUGCUUCAGAGUGACGAUGGCACAUGGCGGCAGACGUUUCAAGAUGAUGGUGAUGGAGCUCUUCGAUACUGCCCAUGGCAAAUUUCUGAGACUUAAUUUGCUUACCUGCGCCCCUUUUCGGACGCGAUAUUUUUUCCUGUAACUUAGCACUCCGUAAUAAUUAAAUAUUGUUGAUGCAGAGGUUGGAAGACGAACUAAAUCUUUGUUUCCAGAAA